AUGGCUCCUGCUACUGGGAUGAGGGACGUUUUUCAUAAAGAUGGUGACGAUGAUGCUGACUCUCUGGCAUCCACGGCCCCGAGUGACCCAGAAGCCGAGUAUCUCGUAGGCGCCAUUCAUGCGGACAGAAGGUUCUACAUAGAGCCAGUGUCUGAAGACGACGAAGGUGUCUUCGUCACCAAGUACUUGGUCGAGUGGGCUGGUUACAGCAGGGAUCGAUGGAGCUGGGAACCAAAAGAAUCAUUCACUUCGGAAGAGACCCUUAAAGACUGGGAAGCGAAGAAGAAGCAGAUCGCGGAGGGGAAAAUCAAACCGUUCAAUCUCAGGUCGUGGGAGAGGUACACGGCAAAAGUGGCGAAGAGAACACAAAAGCGAAAAGCUGAUCGAAGGCGGAAACGAGAGCAAAGGGCACGGCUCAGAAAGAAUGCUCGUCCUGAAUCGUCCCAACUCGCCAAUUCCGGUAAUGUGAAUGAUCACGAGCCUCACACAAGUCCUGGAGCCCACGAAGCUUCCAGACGGCUCUCAGGGGAUUCGAACGCCUCUUCGGCCUUGUUUGUUCCGGCCCAGACUCAACCACCUCCCAAAUCGCCGGUCCGUCACCGAGCGCCGCAGCAAGUAGCACCUUCAAGGCCAGCUGCCUCGACCCCGCAAGCAACUACGAACGCCGUCCCAAAUUCUAGACUUACUCGGCUCGCAAAGGACAUCAAGGCCAAGCAAAAACCUCCAGCGCGGCAAGCUGGUCCCCCACAGAAAGCAAAACCUACAAUGUCUGUUUUUGGGACGGGCCCUGUCACGAAGUCCACGCAUCGUGAAGGCAAAUGGGGUGAUAGGGCACCGGAUAUCUCACAGAUGGAGAUGAUGAGGCCCUCAGAGUUUCCAGGAAGGACGAAUAUGGGCACUACAGCCUCGACGUUUGGCCCAUCUGCCAUCAGUCUCAAAUCGCCGGAGGCCUUAAAUCACCCUGUCUCCAAGGACCUGGUCGGCUUGACUAGUAUCCCAAUCCCCUGUGCUGGUGACUCAAAUACUGUGUCCGCAGAGCAGCAGGAAAACCCUAUAGACCAUGCCUCUUCGUCAGCCAUGGCCCCUCCAGCCUCACUCCCUUCGAAAUCGGCAGCCGCUGCGUCGGCUUCAUCGAUGGCAGCUUUACCUGGGCCCAGUGCACGCUCGGAUCUGAAGAGGCCUGCGGGCCCUGGUGAUAUAUCCCCCUCUGCUUCCUCACCACUUGCUCCUUCCGAGACACAUGCAGCGGCUUCUUCGCUUGAUGCUACUGAACCUUCAUCAAUCGCCCUCACUACUUCCUUGCCAGUUGUUCAAACAAAGGCGCUCAAUGGGCCCUCCGUAUCCGUGAGUCCCCAUGGCGAGGAGACCCCUUCAUCUGUUCCCUUGGUGCCCCACGUGGGGAAUCCUUCGGCAGAGAGUGCGGGCUCCAAGCCUCCUGCUCUUUCGGUAUCUAUACCCACUGGGCCCCGUGCAAUGCGCCAUGGCUCCUACACACCACACACUGCCCGACAGCCCCACCAUACAACCAUGCACAAUACCGGUCGGCCCUCAGAGCUGUCACGUUGGCCAUCACCCUCUCGCCGAUCACCACCCCCUCGACGGCGGUCGCAAUCACCCAGGGAUGGCAGGGCUGAUGCCUAUGGUGCCUAUCGGCCCUCAGAGCUGUCUCGUCGGCCGUCACCCUCCCGUUGGUCGCCACCCUUCCGUCGGCCAUCACCCUCUCGUUGGUCACCACCCUCCCGUCGGCCAUCACCAUCCCGUUGGUCACCACCCCCUCGCUGGCGGUCGCCAUCACGAAGGUUGCCGCCAUCCCCCCAGCAGCCUUACCACCCAGCGAAGGCUGAUGCCUAUGAUGCCUAUCGACCCUCAGAGCUGUCGCGUUGGCCAUCACCAUCCCGUCGGUCACCACCCCCUCGCCGGCGGUCGCAAUCUCCCAGGCCACUGCCAUCCGCCCAGCAGCCUUACCACCCAGUCAGGGCUGAUACCUAUCGGCCCUCAGAGCUGUCUGGCCGGUCACCCACCCCUCGUCGGUCAUUGUCCCCUCGUCGGCCAUCACCACCUAGAAGAUCACCGCCUCCUCGUCGGCCAUCGCCCGUUCGAAGACAAUCGUCCCCCCAUUGGCCAUCAAUCUCUCGCCGCCCUUCAAGAUCGCCGCCACCCCGACAUCCAUCGCCCGCUCGACGGCCAUCGUCCCCACGUCGGCCAGCAGCUGUCGUUCAUCCAUCACCACCUAGAAGAUCACCGCCCCCGCGUCGGCCAUCGCCCGUUCGAAGGCAAUCGUCCCCCCAUUGGCCAUCAAGCCCUCGCCGCCCUUCAAGAUCGCCGCCAUCCCGACGUCCGUCGCCCGCUCGGCAGCCAUCAUCCCCACGUCGGUCAGAAGCUGUCGUUCAUCCAUCACCAUCCUCUCUUGAGUCGUCGCCUUCUCGUCAGUUGCUCCGUGAGAUGAGUAACUCUCACCCGCCUCAUAGCCCAUCUCCAGGUCAUUCUCCGCUUGGGUCAGAUUCUCUAAGCUCUGCCACGUUCAACAAAAGCCCGCCAUGUGUUCCUCAAGCUGAAUCCAGAACUGCGCUUGAAUCCAGAACUGCGCAUGAAUCCAGAAAUGCGCCUGAAUCCAGAACUGCAGCUGAAUCCAGAACUGCAGCUGAAUCCAGAACUGCGCCUGAAUCCAGAAAUGCGGCAUCUGACCAAUCAAGACUUUCGAUUCAAGCCGAAAUCGCAAGGAUGCCUUUGCGUCAAAAAGGGCCCGGUUGUAUGAACUUUGGCCCUUACUGGGUGAAUCAACGCGAGGGAGAGGCUCUCAUUCAUGUGUUUGUCGGUCCCAAGAGGAAACAUAUCGGUCCUUUCAGACUCUGCGGCAUUUCUCUGGCUGUAAAGAAGGCCCUUAUCGCGGCUACGAAUCCUAAUUCACGCCAGGCUGAGAUCUGGUUCAAGGAUUUCUGCACGGCCAGAGAAUAUGAGAAUUUGUGUGAGUCUAGUGCGGAUAAUACGGUACUGAGUACCGGUUGGGCUGAGGGCUAUCAAGACACCAACAAAGAUUUGUAUUACUUUUCUCGGGGUUUGCGAAAAGACGAUCUCAUCGCCAUUCACUACACUCAUAAAAGAAAAAAGAAGAAAAACACUGCCCCUGAACCCGGGUUGGUAUGGGUUGCUUGGUCACGCUGGUCUCAGGAGUCCAAGUUCCAGUGUCCUGCCCGUGAAGUGCCGCCUGGGGUACCUCUACUUAUUGCCGCUCGCAAGAUGCUCGCACCCAUUGAAUCGCUGGCGACGGAUGGUCACAGCCAGGCCAGUGGACGCCCACAAGCUCUUCUCCCGGAUACAUCCCUUUCACUGCGAAGCGAUUUCCCUGGAGGUGAUGGCUUAGAACCAGGUAGUUCCUCGCGACAAUCGGGCUUUCUUGAUAUUGAAUCAAAAACUCAAGACCCGUCUGAAGUCUUCUUGACGUCCGAAGUGUUCUUGAAAUCUAUCAACAUUGACAUAGAUGAACUUGCAGCAGUUGAUGAAGCCGGGAAAAUCUCCAGGGCUGGUAUCUUCUAUUUGCAUUUUCCUUCAAACGACAAAGAAACCCAAGAAGGCUUACAAUUUUGGUCUAUGCACUUGAAAUCCCGUGGAAUGAUCGUUUUGACAAGUCAGGACCCUGUAGCUUGGCAAAGAUUUGUGGACAACAGCAGGCAGGGCGUGGCUAUAUUUGACGAAUCCUUCACCGAAUACGACACGUUGGACCCUCCGCUCAACAGAGUACUUUACCAGCACUCAUUCAAUUUCUGGGUGGUGCGCCUUCAGAGACCACUCGAACUGAUAGAUACUCGACAUGAUUUGCCCAAUGUCCACCAUCUACGCAUCUUCCCACAAGGUGCCGUCAUACUCCUCACUGAAGAUCUGUUCAAAGACCUCAAAGGGGUAGCUGUCGCCCUCCAAUGGCUUUGGAAGACAAACAAGCGCAAAACUUGGUCUUUGAUGCUUCCACCCAGGAUACUUGAAUGGAUCGAAAGGAGGCUGGCUGAUGAAAAACAUUCUCAAGACCAUGGACUUCUGCUGCUCGUUCAAUCCUUGAUCAUCAAGAACAAUGUCUCCGACCCUCGUACAGCUUUAUUCGAUGAAGCUAGUCUUGAUCCCAACUCAAAGAAUAGUAUCAUGGCACCACCCCUGCAUGAUUAUGGUACCCGCACCAAGAACCACAGCCCUAACAUUGCGGAUAAAGUCGAACGCGACGCGGAUCAUCUCAUCGAAUUCCUAGCAGGAUGGUCACUGCUCAACAUGGCGCGUUUCCGCAACUUCUUCGCUGUCACCACUCUCAAACCACCAGCGGGUAAACGAUGGGACAAGUGGGGCCAUCUCAAAGUCCUCCGUGGUGACUUUGUCACCUUUUACAGACAUUUCAAAAUACCAGAUCCGGCGGGCAUUAUGGCCCAAAUUUCGGGUGAUACUAAGGCCAAAACUUCCAUUGCUACCACUAGCCAGGUAUCUGCACCUGUCUCUACGAGCACCGCCCGCACGGCCAAUACGAUAGCUCACGAUUCCAACGCUGCCAUCCCGUCUACCUCCAGUCCAGGGGUAUCCCGCCAGACCAGGCAAGGAUAA